AAAAAUAUUGAUGAUUGAGAUAAAAAUAAAGAGAAAAAGAUGACGCUAAUUGUUUUUUCUUCUUUUUUUUACUAACUGUUCAUUAUGUUGAAUGCUUUUAGAGAACCAAUUUCACUGUUCAGUUUUCCUAUAUGGAUAUGUAACCAAUCCCUUUUUAAGACUCAAACUUUUAAGACUGAAAAUUGACUAAAGGUGGAAGGGUUCUUAUAUAUAUAUAUAUAUAUUCGUGGUAUAACAAAUACUAUUUUUCAAUAAAAGAGAGGGGUAAAAGAUCAGAGAGAGUGGCACAUUGGUAUUGGGUUGAGAGGUAAAGAUGGCCGAGCCACCACCACUGCUUCUCCCCCAAAUCAAUGCCCUUUCUAACUUUAAACCGUUACGUUGGGUGGUUGAAAAACUUCGAAACAGAAUAGACGAAGUGGGAAGAGAGGCGUGCUGCGAACUUCGACCACCCUGCAGAUCACAGGAUCUCCUGUUCGCUCUCCCAAAAUAAAUUCCCCUCUUCCCCACGCAUCCCCCCUUCACAAGAAAGUAAAAAAACCUCUGAACCGAAAGAGAAGAGAAGUUGAGAGAGAGAGUUUGCGUUGGGGAGAGCGCAAAAAUGGUAGGAGAAGGCCGACCCCUCUUCAAGAAAACUCCCUUCGACGUCAACCUUGAAUAAUUAUUGUUACAAGAAGGCUCGCCUUCCUCGGUUCGUUUUGGUUCUUGCGUUGUGGGGAGAAUCCGGCCCUUCACUUUCCUUGUUCAUCGGUAAUACUGCAUGUGGGGAGCAUCCGGCUUGUCGAUCGAUGAUCAUGAGCUCUGAAGGCAUCGGCUUCGCGGCUGUAGUUGCUCUUUCCGGCAGCAUCUUCUACGUCGUCCUGAAGGCACACCAGCAACUCGUCUCCGACUUCAAGAACCAGAUACGACGCGAAUUAGGACGGAAAGAACGGUCGAGGAUGAAGAGAGUGGCAUUCGCGGACGAGGUCCUCGAGCCUUCUUCGAAUAACCGGGCGUAUAGGAAGAGCCGGCCCGAGAUGAGUUGCCGGCGGCGGCUUCCUGCAAUCAGCGAAGAAGAGUACGGCGACGGUGUUCCGGCAGAUAUGCCCCUCAAUAGGGUGGCAUUGUACAAAGGGAUCAAGGAGGACCGCCUCAGGAGGGGACCUUUGCAUUUGACGCGUCCACGUCUCUAUCGUGAUUCUGCUUCCUGAAUCUUCGCUGUUUCAUUGUUUUGCCAAGGCAAACAGACUGGCUUCAGAUGUAAUGGUUUAGAAAUUUGCGCGAGAAAAAAAUGACCAUGCCCACGGGAUUAUGC